CUACAACUUCGCAGCUGUGAAGAUUACCAUUUCUUCUACGAACAUGAAUCUAUUAUUGUUCAGCCUGCUGCUGUUUUCUAUUGUUAUAACAAAUGACGCAUUAGGAGGAAACAUUACUUGGCUUGGAAGAUGGAAUAAUUGUGACAAGCAUGAAUGUGACCGAAGAUGUAAAUCUCGCGGAUGGUUGCAUGGAAAAUGUAAAUUCAGAGUGCCGCAAGCGUACAGAGAGUGCAUGUGCAUUGGAAUCCAAGGACAUGGGUUCUGAUGAAACGAGGAGCCAGGGAGAUGAUAAAAGCGGACACAAUUUAUAAAAACCAAAUAAAUCAAGUUCAAACC